AUGGCAGAGAAUAGGCCGGUAGGCCUUCUGUUCGACAUUGGGGGAGUUUGUGUGGUUUCUCCAUUCCAGGCAAUACUUGACUAUGAGGUGGCGAACAAUAUCCCACCGGGCUGGGUGAAUUUCAGCAUCUCGCGGACAUCGCCCAGCGGCAGCUGGCACAAGCUCGAGCGCGGUCAGAUUCCCAUGGACGCCACUUUCUUUACGGGAUUCAACGAGGACCUCCAGAAUCCUGAGCUGUGGAAGCAAUUCCAUGAGCAGCUCGCGAAGAAGAAAGGACAGAGCAACGCAGGCUCCAUCCCCCCACUCCCAAAGGUGGAUGCGGAGUGGCUCUUCUGGGAGAUGAUGAGGAUAUCCCGCACUCCUGACCCUUUUAUGCUUCCGGCACUUCAAAAGUUGAAGGCGUCCGGACAGUAUCUUAUGGGUGCUCUUUCAAAUACCGUGAAGUUUCCCGAGGGUCACUCAUUCAACCAGGAUACAUCUGGUGUGAAGUCACAGUUUGAUUUCUUUAUUUCAUCCGCCCACACGGGGCUUCGCAAACCCGAUCCGAAGAUAUACGAAGUGGCAAUUAAAGAGAUGGAUGCUUUAGCCAAGCAGCGCGGGCUGCCGGGGAUCCAGCCUUCGGAUAUUGUCUUCUUCGAUGAUAUCGGCGAAAACCUAAAGGGCGCGAAGAGAGCUGGCAUGCGCACGGUGAAGGUCACCCUUGGAAAGAUCGAAGACGCAGUCAGGGAGCUUGAGAAGAUCACGAGUCUACCAUUGCUCGAGGGCGAGGGCAAGGCCCGACUAUGA